CUAAAAACAUUAUGUUGAUUAUUUUAUGGAAACCUUAUCGUCAUCUUUUGUGUUAAUUUUAAUUUAAAACUACCCGUGUGGAAUAUUUGCAAGAAAUAUAAAUUUGCAGAAUGUCAUGUACGGAACGCGUCUCCUGUUAAAUCCUGAAAUAGAAGAGGUUGUUACAUUCAGACAAAGGGCUGUGAGAGCUGAUGGUACCAUGUACUAUUGCGCGUAUUGUGGGUGUCGUGUUAUGAAUGUCACCCCAAGAUAUCUAAUCAAGCUAUCUGUUAGAGAUGAUUCCGGUUCAGCUAUCUUUGUGUUAUUUGACCAUGAAGCCGCUUCGAUUUUAAAUAUGUCAUGCUCCCUUUUGCUGGAAAAGACAGAUAGUGAUGGAAGUACUGAAAGUCCAAAAGAGUUUGCUGAUUUUUUGAUGGUGGAUGAGGACUUUCUUGAACUUACUAAGGCUGCAACAAUAGAGACAUUGAAAGAUUGUAUUGAGUGUGUAGGUGUGGGUCCGAAGUGGUCCCACGCGGUGGAUCCUAUUAUUGUAAUGAGUGUAAGAGACGAGUGAUGAAUCUGAUCCCAAGGUUUGGUUUUUACUAAUUUCCCAUGCUUAAUGCUUUAUGUCAACAAUUUUUUAUUAAUUAACUCCUGAAAACAAUUAUGAUUCAGGUAUCGAAUCAAGACAAGAGUUGUUG